AUGGCCUCUCUUCAAAGCUUAGCCAACGAACUCCUUUACGGAAUAGCAGAGUACCUUGAACUUCCUGACCUUAACGCUCUUCUCCAGAGUUCCCGCCGCCUCUCUACCCUUCUUACCCCAUCCUUCCGUAAGCUCUCUACCACUGCCCAGAACGCUCCUGCCGCCCUCUACUGCGCCGCCGCCGUGGGCGGAAACCGCCAACUAAUCAGCCUACUCCUCGAGACUGGAGAAGGCAUUACAGUCCUUGAUGACAGCAGCCGUCGUCCCCACCUGAUGCACACCUCGCCUAGUAAACCUAGCGACGAGACUAUCGACUUUGUCCUCGCACAAGGCCCAAAGCUUGUCCUCCGUCAUGGGCUCGCCCUUCACUGGGCGGCAUUGAAGGGCCGCACAUCUCUCGUUAAGGCGCUCCUUAACAGCGGCGCCAGUGUCUCAGACCGCGACAUAAAACACUCUACAACCGCACUACAUCAGGCGUGUGCGGGGCCCCCACAUAGCAACGAUAAGGUUAUCAACUACCUUCUCGACCAUGGCGCCGACAUGGCCGCAGUAGAUAACAAUGGCCGUCCCGUCCUCGACUGGGCCGUCAAGAAAGGGAACAACACCGCGACUGAGCUGCUCAUAAAGCGUGGUGUCGACAUCAAUAGACAUAACAAGACUGAUGGUGCUGCAGCCCUACAUACAGCGUCCACACUGCACGAUGGGACCAUUGUCAAGAUGCUGUUGGAGAAUGGGGCCGACGUUAAUUCGAAGGAUUACUGCGGGAUGACGGCCCUACACGUGGCUGCAUCGAGGGGACAUGAGGCGGCGGUGAGGCUGCUGCUGGAGAAUGGCGCGGAUAUCAAUGCGCAGGAUGGAAGGCACUCGUCACCUCUACAUUUGGCGGCACAAGGUUGGCCGAGGUGA